AACAUGCCGUAUACAGCUGAUGUCUGAAAUGAAACACUUUGUCCUUAUGUAACCGACCCAGAGUUAAAAUGUUAUGAAAGCAGCAGUGGGUUGAACAUCAGACUGAUGUGUGUCUUUCUCUGAGGUACCCAGGCUGCAUUUCAAUGGGACCCCACUGAGCGGUUCUCAUCUGUAUAAAGUUUAUUUCUGAGGGACCAUCAUGCAGUUGGAAGCUCAGCUGCGUUUAUGUCAGAGUUGUCUUUGGUACUGUAGGAGUUAUAAGCGCCUGAUCUCACUUUCUACUGUCCACAGGUCAUCAGCAAACUACUAUGACCUUCUUGGAGUGAAACCGGACGCCACGUUGGAUCAAAUAAAAAAUGCCUUUUUCGACAAGUCCAAAAAGAUGCAUCCAGACAGUGACCUAACUAAUCCUGGUCUGCAUAGUCAGUUUGUGCAGCUGAAUGAAGCUUACAGGGUGCUGAGCAGAGAAGGUUCCAGACGGGACUAUGACCUCAAGCUGAGGUAUCGGUACGCUGGAGGUCAGGCCUUCGGGACAUCCACGUACAGCCCCAGUGGAGAGGCAUCAGACAACAUACGAUAUUGGGAGCAGUUCAGACAGGCCCAGCCUCAGGAGAACUCAUCUGAGAGUUGGGAAAAGAGAAAGAAGCGUAACAUGCGAUUAGUGGGCUACUGCGUGCUUACCAUGCUAGCUAGUAUAUCUGCACAUUACUUUGGGUUCAGGAAACUGGAAGAGGUCCACAGUAACUUCAUGGAUGAGAAAGACAGACUCAUCACUGAGAUCUACAAUAAAUCCAAAGAGCAAGCCAGAGUGAACGGCUUUAAGAAACAACAGGAGAUUUUGAGACAAAAACAUGCCGAGUUCCUGGAGAGAUACAAGAUUCGUAGCAGCGGAGAAGAGAAGUGAAAUGAAGAAAGAGAAACUUUAUGGAGAGAGUAUGGACGAUUUAGUUUAAAGGGAGAGUUCAUCCAAAAAUGAAAAUUAUGUCAUCAUUUUACCACCCUCAGGUUGUUUUAAAUCUGUAUGAAUUACUUUUUUCCGAACACAAAAUAAGAUAUUUUGAUAAAUGAUGGUAACCAUUGACUUCCAUCGUAUUUAUUUUUCCUACUAUGGAAGUGAAUGGCUACCAUCAGCAAUCAUUUAUUAUUCAGAAAUUUAGAUUUAGAACAACAUGAGGAUGUUUAAAUGCAGGAUUUUCAUCUUUGGGUGAACUAUUCCUUUAAUAUUAUUUUGCAUUUAUAGUUUUUAACAAAUUAUUUGAUACUCAAAUAAGUGCCAUUAAAUGAAGCUGAAUCCAUCCAAAGGAUCAAAUGCUUACAAAAUGUUAUUUUUUCUAUGUAUUUAAAAAGUUUGGUUCCAAAACGCGAUAAACGGCAUUUAAGAAAAAAAUUGUUACCGCCAGAAUCAGUAUUGUAUAAGGUCAGUAAUAAAAAGUCAAUUCGUCAUUUUACGCCAAAUCCGAUAUCCACCUUUUUAUUCUUUCAUCUUUUCUCUUUUUUUCCAAACCGCGAUAAACGCCAGUCGUCCUUUUCUGCAGAAUGCAAUAAAUCUGCUCAACAAAUCACAGCGCACCAUUAGGGCUGGGUAUUGGCAAGGGCCUCACGGUACGAUACAUAUCACGAUACAUGUGCCGUGCUACAGUGUAUCACGAUACAAUAUGGUGCAUGUUGUGAUACAUUGCAAUACUUUUUAUUUUUUAUCAAAAAUGUUUAAAAAAAUAGAGCUGAAUUUUUUUACUUUUUUUAAAGCCAACGUGCUUCCACACGGCUGCUUUGAAAGCUGCAGGUGUUUUUACAUUUUCUGCCGUUUCUCACUCCCGCUAACUGCUGAGAUAUUGGUUGAAUGGUCAUAUGUGACAGACAACUGGAUAGCGACAACUAGCAGUGGCGGAGGAGGACGUUUGAAGCACACAGAGGGAUUUGAUGUUUUUUUUAAAUAUCAAUAGUAGAGAUUAAAAUAUUGAUACACUAUCGUGGAAAAAUGUAUUGCGAUAGUUAGCUGUAUCGAUAUUUUUGCACAGCCCUACACACCAUUCAACGCUGGCGACUCGUUGAAUACACACCGAAUCCUAGUUUUCCUCAUCUACUUUGUACUUCGUAAUCAACAAACAAAAACAAAAUAAUACGUUUGAUGGCAUUGAUAAACCUGUGGUGGUUUUCUGUGGCGGGGAAUAAACGUAAGCCAUCAAAAUCGAAUCAUUUACGUGAGGGGCACUCGAAAGACGGAAAAAUGUCGGCUGUUGCUUGUUCUCUCCCGACAGCAUCAAGCUUCUGUCAUGCUAACACAUUGACCCCAGGGGAUCUUAUGAAAAACUUUAUUUUAUUUUACUCAAAGUCAACAAAAAUCGAGCAGGACCAAAACAUUUUACAGCUGAUCGCUGUUAAAAAAAUUCAGCGACGACAUCCCAAGGAUGACCGCAGCAAUGACAGUGUUAUUAAUAUGACAAAGUGUUUUGAUUAAUGCCAUUAAUGUUUAUUUUUUAAUCAGUGUAUACCACUAGUCAACUAAAUGAAUAUAACAUGACAAAGAUGAAUGCACAUUUAUAUAUUGAUUCAAGAGAUUUAUAGCAUUUUGAAAAAAAACUUUGAUUUAUUGCAUUUUGCGGAAAAAAUAAUCAGUUUGUAACAGAAAAUGGUGGUUUUCAUCUUGUCACUUUCUUAGUAUAGAAAACACAUUUUCCAAAAUUAGACAGAAUGGAUUUAUUGCGUUUUGGAACCAAACUCUUCAUAUCUUCAAUCAACUUACAGUCAGAUUAAUGGCAGCGAAACAAAUCAGGCUGAUUUAAGGUGAGUGUGGUUCACCUAAACCUGUACACCUACUUGCAUUGCCUGCAUUUACAGGCGACGUUGUAACUGCACCUGGAAAGGGUGUUAUGGAAACAUUGCAUUCCUGAUAAAGCCGUACAUCAAAACACUGAAACGCAGUGCACUCUGUUAAGCUCACUGUGUGUGUAGGAGGAAUCCUUAUGCAAGUAUAUACUACAGAUGGCCAGUGCUGUCCAGUGUGCGUGAAUCAGCAGUGUAGUGUAUAAGGAUUCAGGUGCUGCUUAUUUCACAACUUCAAAUAAUCUAUGAAGUAAUGGUGCUUUGAGAAUUCAUUUAAAGUUAGUAAUAAAAGAUAUAGCAUGUAUGGUACACACGUUGAGUGCUAUACAGGACGAUUUUAAUAUACCUGGAUCCUGGAUUUGGGACUCCAUUCAUACACAGACUGCUGCUGUCGCAAAAUUUUUUUGGAAUGUUGCCUUAUUUAUAGAAUUCAGUAUUUAUAGACAAUUUAUAUUUCAUAGAGAAAUAUGAAAAUUCUAUCAUUUACACACCCUCAUAUUGUAUUAAUUUCUUUGUUCUGCUAAACACAAAAGAAGAUGUUUUGAGCAAUAUUUGUAACCAAACCAUUUUCAAGCACCAUUCACUUCUGCAGUAGUAUUUUUCCUACUAUGUAAGUCAGUGGUGCUUCUGUUUCCAGCUUAAUUACAAAUAUCUUCAUUUGUGUUCAGCACAAAGCAAAGAAAUUAC